AUGACUUCAUCUGCUAGCUUUGAGAAUAUCCUCAAUUUUCGUGAUGUGGGUAAAACAGUCAAUCUGUUCACGGGCUCGAGACGCAUACGUGAAGGUUUGUUCUACCGCUCUGCAAGACCAGACGAUGCUACCCUCACAGAUAGACAACUCAUCAGAGAUAAUCUGGGCAUUAAGACAGUCAUUGACUUAAGGACCAAAACUGAACACCUGAACCAAGCCAAGAGACGAAAAGAACAGUCCAGUAUCCCUGCUCUUGUCAAAUCCAAUGAAGCUCUCGCCGAGCCUCUUCAAAUUUCCGGUCUAGACUAUCGAGAGGUCAAGAUUACAGGCCGUCCUUUUGAGUUGUUUCUCUUGAGCCAGCUCUCAUGGUGGGAUUUCUUCCGUGUUGUGUUCUACUUUACAAGUGGCUAUCGCAAUGAAGCCAUCAGCAUCAUUGGAGAGAAAGUCAUGAUUCCUCGUGGACUUGUAGGACUAGGUCUUGAUACUCUUGAUCAGUCCACAAAAGAGAUCCACGAGGCUCUGUCUCUAUACGCGAACCCAUCGGCCCUUCCUUCUAUUGUUCAUUGUACGCAAGGCAAAGACCGCACAGGUCUUAUAUGUGCAUUGGUUCUUAUGAUAUUGGAUGUUCCUAUCUCGGCCAUCGAGUAUGAUUAUGGUCUCAGUGACGAGGCCCUAAUCUCCGAGCGGGAGCAGCGUCUCAUUGAGAUUCGUGAAAUUGGAUUGACUGACGAAUGGCUUCACACCGCGGAUGAUAUGAUCGUUGGCCUCAAACGACACCUCGACGAUAAAUACGGCGGACUUGAUGCGUACCUGGACGGUAUAGGGUUUGGUGCCGAUGAUAGGACAAAGAUACGCGAGACUUUACUCUACUAA